AUGGGGAUAGUUGAUGUCUGUCCCAUGGACAGGGUACCCCAGUGGGCCUGACCUGAGAUGGGACAAUGUUAUGGCAGGAAAUCUGUAGCUCCGGAGUCUGAAACCCCAGAGAGAAUCAGGAAAAAUAAGGUUACUAAAGAGUCCCUGGGAACUGGACAGAUGACGUUCACGUUGGCACAUCUCAAGUCCUUGGAGGUUUGCCUGAAGGAAGCGGAAGAAAAGGCUAAAGCCUUAUCUGAGCAGCUUUCAGCCUCUGAAGAAACAAAGUCAAAACUGCUGGAGCAAAUUUCCUGGCUGGAGGCAAAGCUAAAGGCUCUGGACCACAAGGAACACAGUGGGGAACCGUACGAAAAAAUGGUUCUUGAAAAAGACCAGUACAUUGAGAAAUUACAAGCUGAAGUGAAAGCUUCCCAGGAGCAACUCACAGCCCAUAAACUAAAGCACAAAAGGAAACUGAAAAAGCUACAAACAGAUUUGGCAACAGCUAAGCAAGAGGCUGCCAUCAUAGCCCUGGAGCUCAAUGAGAAGAUAAAGGCUCUAUGUGAAGGAAAGCCAGCCCCUAGAGAAGACAACUCACCGGAAGAGUCCUGUGGCAGCCUCCCGCCUGUGGAAGAAGGUGAUCGGAGAAUGAGCCUGAUUAUGGAGUUGUCAACCCAGAUUUCCCUUCAGACUGAGAAGAUAACUCAGCUGCAAGAAGUUUUAGAGGAAAAGGAAAGGAAGAUUCAGGAGCUGGAAGCCCAGCGGGGGGCUCAUCCUGCCCAAGAGGUCCAGGACUCUCCAGAAUGUUUACAAGAAGCCCCAAAUUUAUUUAAUAAUAGCAUUAUUUCUGUUGUCUCUGAUAAGGAUAUGUAA